AUGGGCCGCGAGAGUCUUUCACCAGAUGCCCUUGUCGAGCGAAUGGCCAAAGAGACCCGGGCAAGCGGUUGGGACGCCGUUGUCAGCUACAGACUUGACCUCUUCAAUGCUACUCUCCAAAAAGGUCUGGAUGCUAGCAAGUCGGAGAAUCGCGCCUAUAAUGUCGACGGGGUGAAGACUUACGAGAUGCAAGGGCAUCAAAAGAAGCUGGUAUUUGAAUUGGAUUGGAAAAUGUGGAUUGAACCUCCGACAAGGCUGAGCUUCACGGCCGAUGGCCAAGUGGUUCUUAAGAUGUCGAUUACUGCGAAAACCCUGAUAAACAUAAUCAGCGGCAUGUCGCGGUACAUCCACGCGUAUAGAAAAUUGAACAAGGGAUGGGUUUUGACUGUGAAAAGCCCGAUUUCAUCCCUGAGCGCGUCUCAACAUGGCUCCGGUCUCCCCAAAGAGGCAAGUAACCCUCUGUUCGCAAAAAAUGCAACCGUGCUCGAUUUCAAUAAAUACAGUGAGACAUACCAGAAUAAAAUGGCGUUCAAUAUCGAACUUAGGGAUAACUGGUCCCUAUCCAUCGAGUGGGAAGGGGCAGAGGAGCUGGAGGCCAGAAGGCGGGUCCCCAAAGCCCUGCUGGACUCGCUCAAAUCGCGCAUAAGGGGUGAUCUGGGUGGAAUCUACUUCCCACUCCCCCUGGCAGGCAACGAUGACUCUUCUAGCACCCCCAAAGACGGUGGUGGAGAUGCCUCGCUGGCCUGUGUUAGCGCCUACAUCAAAACCGACGCCACCGCCUUCGAGCUCAUCGCAGGAGACUUGAAACCGAACUUCUGCGAAACUGACAAGACGGGGAAGAUCAACGACCUAUACCCUAUACCAACAGGCCACAGCGCCAGCAUCAUAAUAAAUACGAGGACACUCUUCUGGGAUCCGUUGGAUCUGUCUCUGUGGGCGAUGCUCGGCAUUUCGUUCAAAAAGUCGAUUAGUAUAUGGCAGCCUCUCAAGGACGUCAGAAACGAUUCAUAUACUCGCGCCUUCACCAGUGUCGGCGACGAUCUCAUGCCUGAGCAUCGAGGCGCGGGAUUCCAGUUGAAGCAGACUUGGAACGGAGAAUACCCGGCCGAAGAUGCGGCCAAAUAUAUGAAGGACAAUGACGAGAAUUUCACAGAUGCGUCCGGCGUCGCAAGCUGGAAUGGUACCGACUACAUCUACGUCGCCGACCCCGCUUUGACUGUUUCCGCCAACGGAACUAUCAAUUGGGAAUCCAAUCUUACGGUGCCUUUCACCGUGAGAGCCGCUAGAGUCGUCCCUCAUGGAAUUUAUGCCGAGGAGUGGAAGUACACGGCCAAGGCGAAUAAAGCAGGAAGGUUCCACGUCCACGGUCUGGCGCUACAGGCGACCCUCAACGUUAGUUCUUCGGACUGGACCAAAAGCUGGGAGGCGCCCGAUGUGAAUCAUUCUCAAACGAAGUAUUUCGUAGAGAAGUUUCUCAGUCGACUCACCUGGCCCACAUGGGAAUGCAACUCCAAGAGAAACCUCAUGGCAAUCACUAACUUUCUUUGUCCUGGGACAAAGGAUGUCCUCGUGCUGAGCAGUGAUGUUCGUGUUCCUUAUGAUAUCUUGCUCCUGGGAGAAGUAACCAAAUCGGACUGA